UGUAUAUUUGAUUUUCUGUAUUGAAGAUUGGUAGACGCGUUAUCCUAAAGCCACCCCACCACUCUCUCCAAACCCCUAUAAAACUAAAAAUCUAAUUUUUGUUUUUAUAUAAACGUUUACUCUUAACCUAGUAGCGUUUUUAUUUUAUAUUUUUUUAUUGUUUAUAUUUAUAUAUUUGUUAUCAUCAUGACUGAAUCUGACGACUACAUGCUCUUGUCUUCCUCCUCGGAUAUCUUUGGAAAAGAUCAUCUUUUAUCCAGUUUCCUUCAAGACCAUCAGCAGCUCUCGCCUGUCAUUGAAACAAAUUUCCCUUCUCCAGCUUCAUCAGCAGAUUCCCUUGACAGUCCUGAAAUGACUCAUGACAACUCUGGCCUUUCAAUUGAUCCCAAUGUCUUGCAAAAUCUUCCUAUGUCUGUACUCCAAUCACUCGCUGCCAUGUAUCAACAGAACGAUGUGAACAGCACUACUGGUAACACUUCAUUGGAAAAUCUCGAUCAAUUUGUCAAGUUUGAAGAAGACAAUAGUAUUGCUGUUGCUAAUACUACUUCUCCUGCUGCUACUAUCGAUGUUGCUGGUAUUGCUCCUCGACCCGCUACCAAUGCUUCAGCAUUAAGCAAGCCCAAGACUUAUCGACCUCCUCGUCAAUUAGAAUGUCACAACUGCCAUGUCACCAAGACUCCUCUCUGGCGUCGUACCCCUGACAGAGCUCAUUCUCUUUGUAAUGCUUGUGGUCUUUACUUUAAGCAAUACGGUACUCAUCGUCCUCUUCAUGUUCGCCAAAAGCAACAACAGCAACCCUCCAAGCAACCAUCCCCUAUCACCAUCACUUCUUCCGCUAUUACCUCGCCUCUUAAUUCUCCUACCACCAACAUCUCUACUACUACUGCCGAGGCUGCUGUCAACUUGCUUCGUCCUCUUUUGAGUCAUGCUCAACAACUAUGCGCCCACUGCCACCAAACCAAUUCUCCUACCUGGACAAAGAAUGAAAAUGGUGAGGUAUUUUGUAUGACAUGUGGGGUACAUGCUAGCGCUGUAAAGGCUCGCCGUGAAAGUAGACAAUCCAGUGUAGCAACAAAUGGUUCCGUCGGUUCUCCCAAGCGUCCUCGUGAAGAAUCAGAAUCAGAAGAAGGUAUGGGCGAUCAAAAGAGACGACCUAGCAAAGUCACCAACUCCCGUGGCUCUGAAGCUACUACUCCUGCUCUUUUCCCUGCUGCCCCUGCUUUGCCUCCCACUCCUCCAGUUGCUGUGCAAUCAAAGGAAUGGGCUGAAAUUGAUGAUACUCGCUUCAAAACAUUGCUUAGUCGCAUGAACGUCCAACAAAUGCAUGGUUUUUUGGGUAUGCUUGAGCGUCGUUGUGCCAUCUUACGAUCCAUCCUUGUUCCUCAACAGGAAUCAUAAAAUCAAGCAUGUUUCGACAUAAAAAAAAGCCCCUACCAUUUUUUUUUGUACAUUUCUUUAUUUCAUUUUUCUAUUAUUCUUGGCUUUUCCUUCAACGAAAUCGCCUUUUGUAUAUGUUCAACACAUUCUUUGAGUACUUUUUUAAACAAAAAGUCUCUAGUAUUUUUUAUAUAUUUUAUCGUUCAUGUUUUUUUUAAUAUACCGUUCAACACUUUUAUUUUCUAUUCAUAAAACAACGUUUCCUUUCAAAAGAUUCAAUAAAACAUUAUAUAAUCAUUGCUUA